AUGGAUUCAUUGUCGCGGGAUCUCGAAAAGGCUGAAUUGGAGGCAUACCGUGCACCAAGCCGCAGUCAGAGUCUCAAUCAUGGCGGCCGUGCCUCUCGGUCUGACUCCCUCUCAUCCUCAGUCACGUCUUCCAGCUCGUCAACACAAGCGCAAGAGGGCGACUACUACUUGUCGCAGAUUCAGACUGCCCAGACGCUACGAGGUGCUGGUCUAGAACGACAUCCAACAGCACUCAGUCGCAUUGCGACUCAGAGAAGCCAGCAUAGCGCCACUGUGGGUGCUCUUAAGCCACUCGUGUCAAAGAAGCCUCUGGCAGAAUUUGGCGCAGGAAAGCCCUAUCCGCCGCCGCUUCCAGAGAGAGAGGAAUAUGUCGUGGAGUUUGCUGGUCCGGAUGAUCCUCUGCAUCCUCAGAACUGGUCUAUCAAGAAGAAGAUUGCGGUUUCCGCCAUGCUGGCAUACACGACUUUCAACGCCACUUUCACAAGCAGCAUCUACUCUACCGCCAAUUCGGUUGUGUCAUCGAAGUUUCAUGUCUCGACCGAAGUGGGUACCCUGGGCCUCUCGCUGUAUGUCUUGGGGUUUGCGUGUGGUCCAACGUUUUUCUCGCCGCUGUCUGAGCUACAAGGCCGGCGCCUACCCAUCCUGAUCGGCAUGUUCGGCUUUACCGUCUUUCAGUUUGCAGUGGCUACCGCGGAAAACCUUCAAACGGUAAUAAUAUGUCGCUUUUUCGGUGGCUUCUUCGGAUCAUGUCCCAUCGCUGUUGUUGCAGCGGUGUUCUCUGACAUCUAUGACAACCGCCAUCGAGGCCUGGCCAUCACAGUUUUUACCAUGGCAGUCUUUACUGGCCCGCUCUUUGCUCCUUUCAUCGGUGGCUUCAUCGUUGAGAGUUACCUAGGCUGGCGUUGGACGGAAUACCUCACUGGAAUCAUGGGCGCCUCGGCUUUUGUUCUAGAUUUGUUCUUUCUGGAGGAGACAUAUCCUCCAGUUGUGCUAAUUGGGAAAGCUGCUGAGCUACGUCGGCGAACGAGAAAUUGGGGCAUUCACGCGAAGCAAGAGGAGAUCGAGGUUGAAUUUGGAGAGCUGAUCCGCAAGAAUUUCAGUCGUCCACUACGGAUCUUGUUCACUGAACCGAUCGUGCUCCUGCUAAGCAUCUACAUGGCAUUCCUUUAUGGCUUGCUAUAUCUAUUCUUGACCGCAUAUCCAAUUGUCUUUCAGCGCAUCCACGGUUUCAACAAAGGCCCAUGGUAUAACAGACGACUGAGUGCGAAUAAGGACAUACCAAUCCCUGAGUGGCGUCUACCACCGGCCAUUAUAGGUGGAGUAGCCUUUUCCGGCGGUCUUUUCUGGUUCGGUUGGUCAGGAUACAGAUCUGAUAUACAUUGGAUCGUGCCAACUCUGUCAGGUCUCCUCACCGGAUUCGGACUUUUCUGCAUUUUUCUGCAAUGUCUCAACUAUAUUGUCGAUGCCUAUCUCGUCUUGUACGAUUCCCACUUUUUUCAACCUAUAUGGUACGUUCGACCUUCCUUGCUACUUCCGCUUUCUGGCGCCUCGUUUCGUUCCCUGACAUGCGCACAGUUUAAUGCUCUAGGCGUCAACUGGACUGGGACUCUUCUUGGAUGCGUCGCUGCCAUCCUGAUGCCCAUUCCGCUCCUCUUCUACUUGUACGGACCCAAGAUCCGUGAGGAGAGCAAGUUCGCAAUGGAAUAUAUUGUAGCCGCUCAGGCCCACAACGAUGAGCAUGCAGAAUGA